AUGUCUAUCCUCAAUUCGCCGCAGAAAUUCAAGAAGCUGGUUCUGACCGGAGCUGUCACUGCGAUCACUAUUGCCGGGACGCUCUACGGUGCAGGACUGAAGACGCAACAAGAGGUUUCUCAACAUACGCAAAAAGCCCGCGAAGUUACUCUAGACGAGCGAAUCGCGUCACUUCAGAACACGCGACAAAUUCUCAUGGGAAAGAAAGAGCUUGUUGAGAAGCAGAUGCAAGACUUAGACGCCAAGAUCGAAGCGCGGAAACAAAAGGGUAUCGAUAAUAAGCGGGUAUGA